UGGACCUACAGACAGGCAAAGAAAUAGACUUACACUGACUCACAUGGAGCCACGCACACAGAGUGACUAACACACAAACGCAUGGACUUACACACAUAUCGGGAGUACUCUGGUAUAGGCCGAGUGCGCGUUCAAGCUUAAUUCCACAGGCCCCUAUUUGGACAAGGGCAUCACCAAAGUAAAUAUGUACGUGUUGUAACAAACGUCCCACGUUGGUUUCUGGCGGUCGUCAUUUUUUUUGCAUUCAGCAGCCCGACGACAACCUCCUACCUACCCCGAUGCCGCGUAAAACCAGUUUGUACUGUUUCCUCCACGAGGAAUUUCACAAUCUCUCCCUCCCCACCCACACGAGAGUGUCUCUUUACACUUUAAACAUUCCGAACCCGCGAAUAAGCAUUGCUCAACGUGCACCCGGGCAACAACUUCCGUCUUCUUCGAGAGGAAACACAAUGUCGCGAUGAAGCGAUUUGCGUCGAGAAAACGCACCCAUCACUGAUGAAUGAACGACGCUUACGUAAUUCGUUUACAUAUUCAUAACUGUAACAUCAGCGCAAGGUACAGGAGGCGGAGACGCGACGUAUCACGGCACGCAGGGGUCCAGCUCUCGCCACUGCUAUAAGGAUCUCGGCGAAGCUCGGCUGGCAUGGCUCGCCUUCACGUGCGCCUCCUGCUCAGCGUGGGACUGACCCUGCUGGUGCUCGUGCUCAUGAAAGAGAUCAUCCGACUGGAGCUAACCCCCUCCAGGCACAUGAAAUCGCAUAAUAUGAACGUUUCAACACUCAAAUUAUUCUCCAACCAUACAUCGGAAAACCAAAACGUGGCAACGGAGAAUCGACCACCAAGGAGGCACAUGAGACCGAGAAACAGUGUGAGACGAGCCAAAAAGAUCGUCCGCGUGCAAUCUGUGACUUCGUGUACAAGACCCGAGUUCAUUCUAAAACCCAUAGCGCUCCCUAAAAGUUCUCUGGAUAACUCGCUGCUUAAGGAAGCGAUCAGUGUGAACAAAAACAGGUGGAAGGCCAAUGCGUCUAAAAAAGAAACCUACAAGACCUACAUGAAGUGCUUCACGGAUGGAUCGUCAAACAUUGUGGUGACGCAGAAUAACUCUCCGCUUGGCUCCAACAUAUCCUACGUCAUUGGAAACGCACAGCUCACAGUUGGAACUGAAUUAACCAACAUCAUUCCAAUGACAUUUCCUGGACCUGAAAUGAAGAUGAAAACAUGUGCUGUAGUGGGAAAUUCUGGGUUUCUGCUAAACAGCAAAUGUGGAAAGGAGAUUGAUAAGUCAGACUUCAUAAUGAGGUGUAACUUGCCAAACAUCAGCAAAAAAUACAGCAUGGACGUGGGUGAGAAGACGAACUUGGUUUUUGUGAAGCCAUCUCUCAUUGUCAACAAGUACUCAGGCCUGAGGGACAGCAGGAUUAACUUCGUGGAAGACAUGCAGAAUUACGGCAGUGACUUCCUCUUCACUGCCUUCAAUCACUUGACGCACACCAACCUCGCUUACAAGGCUUUCUACACCAUGGAUGACUUUGCCACAGGGCAGUCUAUCCUCUUCCUAAACCCCAAUUACUCACGUGGGCUCAGAGCGCUGUGGAACCACCAAGGCCUUGCUUCCAAGUACCUCUCCGCGGGCCUCCACAUGACGAGCGCUGCCCUGGAAGCCUGCGAGGAGGUGCACCUCUUUGGCUUCUGGCCCAUGGAAAUUGCGUCGGUGAGUCGCCGUGGUCGCCGGGGCAGAAGGUCCAGGACCUCCAUCGUGACCGUCCAGCAAAGCUACUUUGAACAAAGCAGCCAGGAAUCAAAGGUCAAGGAAGUCUUCGAUCUCAAGAUGGAAUUUGCACACCUGCUGAGGCUGCACACCAAUGGCAUCAUCCGUCUCCAGCUGGGCGCCUGUGCGGUGUAAUGCAAAGUUUCAUGUAGCAACAACCGCUGAAAUUUGUUUUGAAUACUUUUAACGUAACUCGCGUAACAAUGGGGCAUAUUGCUCAUACUUGCCACAGUGAGUUUGGAAUCAUUGUAUUUCAAUGUUUUUUAAAAUAUAUUUUUGGAAGAUAUUUUUUUCUCCCAGUGUCUCUUCAAAAGAUGAAGAAUCCAUUUGGAAUUCUAAUAACAGUGCGUCCCCUUGUCAGAGUGGCUAUGGAAGAAAUUUUUCCUAAGACUUAUGAAUAAAUAAUUAUUUUUGUAUCCCUAACACAGGAGUUGACUCUUUCCAAUAUACUCUGUUGAGAUUGCUUUUUCUAAGACAAAGUCAAUGCAUCUUUUUACAUUACAGAUAUAUUUAAUUAUAACCAAAUUAAGUACCAAGUGUAAUUUGUUGUAAUUUUGGUGGAGUCAUUGGUGACCCGGUUGACACCAUUGACUCGGUACACUUGAGAACCUAGAGACAGCUGAACCGGAUUCAAGCUGAAGAUCUCAGUGGAACCCGCUCAGUGUCUGACCUCUGAGCCACCCAGCCGCCAUGGUAUUGUGGGAUUUUAAGUGAUUUCCACACAUGAUCAGCAUGAAUGCGAUGUCUCAUGAAUAGAGGACAAUAUUUGCAGGAACAUCAGUUAUUUGCUCAUGAUGCAUUCGAUAAAGUCGUAUUUAUUAAUUAUACAUCUCUGCCCGCAAAUAAUUGAAUGAGGCUGCUUCCGUUAUGAUUAAAUUGACAGAGCUAAAUUAAUUUCAAAUUCAUGAUUUUGUGCAACCAUACCACAGUACUGUCUGUACACAGUAUUUAAACAUUGUCACCAUAUGAAAAUGCUCGAAGUAUUGGAUUUUAGGUGGAGGGAUUUGUUAGGUUUUUUUUGUUUUUGUCAAAUGCCUUAAGUUAUUUUACAUGACACUGUCUUACCAAAUGUGAUAUAUAAGUAGAUUUCUGUGAAGAAAGGGACAUAUCUUGAUCUCGCAGCAACUCGGAGACGGUAAUAAGUGGGGGAAAGCCUCACUCAUUUUUGCUCUGCCUAACCCGAGAUUGAUGCACAACAAGUUUAUUUAAAAAUGAAAUGCAUUUUUUCAUCACUGAGAGGUAAUAAACACUAAAAUUUGGCCAGCUGGCCUUAUUCGGGAAAUAAUACAUAAUCUUGAUUUGAAGCUUGAACACAUGCCAGGCUCUCAGGAGGAAUGGAUAUUCCGACCGCGCAAUCCAUAGAGCUGCAUCCCCAACCAUGGGUAGAGAACCAUCUGAGGACCGAAUCAAAACCAUCACCUUACCAUACAUAGCAGGGGUCACCAAAAGGAUUGCCAAAAUCUUAAACAAACUCAAGAUUCAAGUUCGGUUCAAUACAGUACACAAUCCGUGAUUUGAUCCCAUCGGUGAAGGAUGCGAUUCCGGACAUGCAAUGCCCUGGUGUCUAUAAGCUGAGUUGUGUCUGCGGCAGCAGUAACAUUGGUGAAACGAAGCGACGUGUCUCAGACCGGGUUCGCGAACACAAAGCAGAUUUCAAACACGGCAGUACCAACUCCUCGGCGGUGGCGGAUCAUUGUUUCAACGCUGUGGGCACACGUGACAUUGUUUUAUCCGAGACCAAGGUGCUCUGCAAACCCUCGGGCCACCUUCAGAGAUUUGUUCAUGAAGCCAUCCAGAUAUACAAACACAGACAAAACUUCAAUCGAGAAGAUGGAUUCAGAUUGAGCAAUCAUUGGAAGGAUGUGAUAAACCACGUCAAGUUUUGACUGCUAUGAUUUUCACUCACCCACCCGGUUGUCGUCGUCCGAUUACGACUUGUACUACAAGUCCAUUUACUUGCUAAUUUCUCUAGCCCGACCCGUCCAUGCACGCCACAAACCCUCUCCCCUGUGAACUCCCACAGCCAAACUUCCCCCCUCUCCCCUCCCGUGCCUAUAUAAAGCCACAACAGCAGAUAAUUGUUUUCACACCUGAAGACGGAUGCUUGUGUUGCGACCGAAACGUCGUGUUUUAUUUUAUUUUUCUAUCUACGUGACUUUACCGAAAGAACCAGAAAGUAUAAUACAAUUACCAGUCAGUCGAUGUGUUUUUCCUCUGACAGAAAAAAAAUCCACGUUAUUGUAAUCAACCCAUUAUUAUACAACUUUUCUCUUCGUUUUCGACUUUCCAUCAUACGAUGGAAAGCCCAGCCCUUGAGUGGAAGCAUCGGCCGCACUGUGGGCAAGAGUUACUUGUUUGCUGGAUUGUAUGUGUUAUACAAGUUCACCAGUGCGGAACAUGGUGUCAGGUAAGGGUCAGACUGCAGAUGGCUCGGGAGUGGUGGAUUCAGGGGUGAUACAAGUCCUCUUUAACAUUAAUUCUUACAGUUGCAGAUGCGUGUUUAAAAUGCUGUAGCCGACUGCAAGAUAACUGAACAAUUGGUGGCGCUUGUUUGGUUUGGAAUGUAUCAGCUCCAAUACUGCGUUUAAGCGAAAGUCAUUGAAAAUGUACUGCACUGCAUCGAUAUACACGUUGUGCAUCUCAUUUUAAUAAUUUAAUUUACCCAGCAUGAGAACUAGAAGCAUCUCCAGAUGCUGUACAUAGCAACAUGCAUAACCCAAACCUUUUUUUUAAACAAAACAAUUUAAAUGUAAUACAUGAGACGCAUGGAGAUUGAGUUUGCAAGACAUAACAAAAAACGACAUUAAAUGCUGUGAAAGUGGUCACAUGAUCUUCAGUGAAAGGGGCAUUGUGUCAUGUGGACUAAUGAACGUGUUAGGUAUUGGCGUCUUUUGGAAUAAAAAUGUUUUCAACGGUUCUCAUUGAGAAACGUGUCGUGUUCUAUUUUCUAUCAGAGUAAAUACUGUUAAGCUGGUGAGUGAAUCUAAGCUUAUUGUGUAAGGUAGAGUCUGGGUCAAGUCUUGUGCAACACGUUUAAUAACUUCACUGGUUCGUGGCGUCAUUGGUUAUCAUUUAAGAUUGUAAAUCAUUCGUUGAAAGUACUCGUGACUUAAAAGUCACGUUGCAUUUACGCAGUGAAAAUAUAUUUUACUCGGUUACAGUUGGAGGUUAAAUUACUCAGACAUCUGGUGCUCAGCAGCAUGUAAUGCUAGAUGAAUUCAACAUUCCACACCUCAUUGCUGUGUAAAAUGGAGUGUAUUAGAUUCAGGGGAACAGUAAUACUGACAAACGAUAGACUGAGUACCGUACCUGGAACAAUGCUAUCACUAGCCGUCUGGAGCCAAAGGCGUGGUACAUUGGCAAACACCACCCCUUGUGCAAGGUUCUGGGCCUUACUCUUCGGUUCUAUUCGGUAAAGUCACGUAGGUAAAAAAAAUCA